CAGCUCAGCGCGGGCAGGUGCUUGGCGCUCCCUUGUCAGGACAGGCUGCCUUGUCUGCGCCUUGCAGGUGCUCUUGAACAAUGGACAUUGAUUCUUCAUCUGGAGCUAAUUUAUCCUGGUGACACUGGGACCAUGUCUACUCUCCACUAUCUGUAGAUGGACAAGAACCCUCGCAGCAGUUCAUCCACUUUGUUGGUCUCCUUUGCACCCCAGCCACCAUGGUGGGUAUUGUCAAGGGUGUAGGAUGCUGGCUCCGGUGUGGCUAGGCCUGCCCACAUGACCUUUGCCACCAUCAUGCUGUGCCCCUGGCGUGGGAAGCUGAAGCUGCUGCUUGCCACAGUGACCCUGGUCUUCCUAAUCUCAUGGCUCUACCUCUUUAUGGGUAAUCUGGAGUAUGGAUGCUCCUUCCUGCUCCCGCCUUGCUUUGGGGAACAGUCAAGCCGAUACCUUAACCACGAGGCCUUGGUGUCCCAAGUACAGAAAGUGGAAGAGGAAAACCAGCUGUUGAGGCUGCAACUCAGCCAGUCUCAGAUGCAGGACGAGGCUGUGGAUGGGACGGACAGCAGCCAGCAGGGAGCGCAGUUCAUAGAGGACCAGGAUGGAAGGGACAACCGCACUGGCUGCCUCAAGCAGAGAAUGGUUCAGAAGUGCGAGCUUCUCCAUGUUGCAAUUGUCUGUGCUGGAUACAAUGCAAGUCGGGACGUCGUUACCCUGGUGAAAUCCAUCCUCUUCCACAGGAAGAACCCUCUUCACUUUCAUCUAAUCACUGACUCUGUGGCCCAAAAGAUCCUGCAGAUGCUGUUCGAGUCCUGGAUGGUGCCCUCUGUUCAUGUUAGCUUCUACAAUGCUGAUGACCUGAAGCCGGACAUCUCUUGGAUCCCCAACAAGCACUACUCUGGAAUCUAUGGGCUGAUGAAAUUGACGCUCACAAAGGCUCUCCCCUCGGAUCUCUCCAAGGUCAUUGUCCUGGACACAGACAUCACCUUUGCCACUGACAUUGCUGAACUGUGGGCCAUCUUUGGGAAGUUCUCGGACAAACAGGUGAUUGGGCUGGUGGAAAACCAAAGUGACUGGUACCUAGGGAAUCUCUGGAAGAACCAUAAACCAUGGCCAGCACUGGGGCGUGGCUUCAACACAGGAGUGAUCCUCCUGCUGCUGGAGCGCCUACGUCGAAUUGGCUGGGAGCAGAUGUGGCGCCUGACAGCCGAGCGGGAGCUCAUGAGCAUGCUGUCCACCUCGCUGGCCGACCAGGACAUUUUUAAUGCAGUGAUCAAACAGAGCCCAACGCUGGUAUACCAACUCCCUUGCUUCUGGAACGUGCAGCUCUCUGAUCACACCCGCGCAGAGCAGUGCUACACAGAGGUGUCUGAUCUUAAGGUGAUCCACUGGAACUCUCCCAAGAAGCUGCGGGUGAAGAAUAAGCAUGUGGAGUUCUUUCGGAACCUCUACCUGACCUUCCUCGAGUAUGAUGGCAACCUGCUGCGCAGGGAGCUUUUUGGCUGUGCCAGCCUCCCCAGCUUGCCCAGUGGCCAGCUCCAGCAGGCCCUAGAGGAGCUGGAUGAAGACGAUCCUUGCUAUGAUUUUCGGAGGCAGAGCCUUAUUCAGCACCGGGUGCAUCUCUUCUUCCUGCAGUACGAUUUCCCAAUCUUGGCUGAUGCAAUUGAUGUCACUCUUGUAGCUCAGCUCUCCAUGGACAGGUUACAGAUGCUGGAGGCCAUAUGCAAACACUGGACAGGCCCCAUUAGUCUGGCGUUGUAUAUGUCAGAUGCAGAGGCCCAGCAAUUCCUGCGCUAUGCCCAGGCCUCGGAAGUGCUGAGUAACCGCAGGAAUGUUGCCUAUCACAUUGUGUACAAGGAAGGGCAGUUUUACCCGGUCAACUUCUUGCGCAACGUAGCAUUGAAGAAUGCACAGACAUCUUAUGUUUUCCUGACGGACAUUGACUUCCUGCCUAUGUAUGGCCUCUAUGAUUAUCUCAGGACCUCCAUUUUGCAGCUUGAGCUGCCCCAAAGGAAGGCAGCCCUCAUUGUGCCUGCAUUUGAGACUCUGCAUUACCGCCUCACCUUUCCCAAAUCCAAAGCGGAGCUGCUCUCCAUGCUGGACAUGGGCUCCCUCUAUACCUUCAGGUACCAUGUGUGGCCUCAGGGCCAUGCCCCAACGGACUAUGCCAAGUGGCGGACAGCCACGGUGCCCUAUCGCGUGGAGUGGCAGCUGCAUUUUGAGCCUUACGUUGUAGUGAGGCGCGACUGCCCCCUGUACGACCAGAGAUUUGUCGGUUUCGGCUGGAACAAGGUGUCUCACAUCAUGGAGCUUGACGCCCAGGAGAAUGAGCUGCUGGUCUUGCCCAAUGCCUUCAUGAUCCAUAUGCCUCACGCACCCAGUUUUGACAUCUCCAAGUUCCGCCUGAGCUCCACUUACCGCGACUGCCUGGAGACCCUGCGAGAGGAGUUCCACCAGGACCUGUCGCGCAAGUAUGGCGCCGCUGCACUCAAAUACCUCACUGCUGAGAGAAGCCUGUGAACGGCAAGACGCACACCAAAGGACAAUCUGUGCAAGGCAACUCAUGCCCUGCAGAGGAGGGACAGUGGACCACGCUCAUGUCCUGGAGCAGUUCAGACCUAUAGCAGAGCCACCCUCCCAAUGGUAGCCGGGUGCUAUACACUUUGUCUAAGUUGUGGGUACAAUUGUAGCCGGGUGGGGUGGGGCAGGUGGCAUAUCAUUCAGGGCUAUGGAGCCAAUCUAAAUCAGGCAAGUUACAUACAUUUGGGUUCAUCUGUUUCCAAAUUGGGGGGAGGGGGAAGCAUGGGAAUGAAGAGGAGGGAAGGUGUGCUCCUGACCUGACAUCCUGGAGAGCCACUUCCUGUUGGUGUAGACAGUAAUGAGGACAGACUAGAGGCCUGACUAUAAGGCAACUUCCUCUGUUGCUGUUUUGAAGGUGGGCCUUUCCCACCACAUGAGCCUGAUGCCUUAAUACAGCUACAGUCACCUGUUUCCUGUGGUAGAAAGGUAGACUGGAUGUGGAAACUGAGACUUCUACUGAUGUGUUGUGUAGCCCCAUCUUAUUUCCAGCUCUUUCAUUUGUCCCCUCUAAGCCAAAACCGAAAUACGACAAUUAUGACUAAAUCAUAUAAAGUGAGCAUCUAGAAAA